UGUGGGAGAAUCACAACACAAACACGAUAGUCUUUUCUUUCCAUCCCAAAACACCACAACGCUAAUGGUCGAGAUUUAGAUAUAUUUUUCUCUUAGGUGGAUCUCAGUAAGACAAUUCAAGAUGGGAAGACGCAGCAUAAAUACCACCAAGAGUGGGAAAUACAUGAAUCCCACAGAUCAAGCCCGCAAAGAAGCAAGGAAGCGGGAAUUGAAGAAAAACAAAAAACAGAGGCAGAUGGUAAGAGCUGCAGUUUUAAAAGGAAAAGACCCAUCACAGAUUAUCAUGGAGAUGGAGAAGAUUGAUAGUAUGGAAUACAAUGUUGAAGUUCCUCCAGCUCUGAGUGAAAAAGUACUAAAGGAUAAGAGAAAAAAAUUGAGAGAGACCUUAGACAGAGUUCUCAAAUUAUAUGAAAAGGAAAACCCUGAAUACUGGGUAGAAAUUAGACGUAUGGAAGGAGACUACGAAAAAAAGAGACAAGCUCUCAUUGAAUACUUUGAGUCUGUACGACAUGCGCAGGCUGUCACUGUAGAUGAAAUCCCCCUACCAAACUUGGACAUGCCACCAGUGCCUGAUGCUUCAGUCCCAGAGGUACCACCUCCACCUGAGGUUGUGCCAAUGCCAGUUCCUAAUGCCCACCUGGUGCCAGCCCAUGGCAUUCUGAAAAAGAUGUCAGCAUAUGUACCAGCAACUACAGAGCCCAAGAAGCCACCAGGUUGUCCCCCUACUUUACCCCCAGAACUCAGUGAUGAUGAAGAUGAUAAGAAUGAAAUACCCAAGGAGCCUAAGCCUCUUGUAUCUGGCAUGGAGAAAGGGGAGGAUUCAGAGGACAAUGAAGACCUUGAUGAUGACAGAGAUGUUGAGAAAGAAAAGGAUCAGCCAAGAAAUCGCACAAUUCGGUUUGAAGAUGGGGAAGAAUCUGAUGAAGAAAAAGACACAAGAGUUACAAUGUCCAAGUCAAAGGGCCUCACUAGCCUUCAGACCAAGUUAUUACAGAUGUCUGGUCAGGAUAUUGAUGACUUCAUGAGAGAAACAGAAGUACUCUUCAGGGAGAAGGAAGCUGAGCGCAAGGCUGAUCUGCGGGCUCGAUUAGACAAACUUUAUGAUGAAGAUCCUGUAAGAGGAGGCUUGCAACAACCACCAAUGCUGAAUGUCCCUCCUCCACAAGUAAGAGGACCACCAGGCCCCCCAGUGGGACUGCCAACAGCAACCACAACCUCAUCACAGCCUCCUCCUACCAGUCAAGCAACUUUCCUUCCAUCUGCUCCACCACCUUCAGCAGUGCCUGUAAGUGGUCAACCAGUUCCUCAUGUGAAUAUUCCAGUUGCACCUCCAGGAACUGCACUUCUGGUUCCACUGUGUCCGUUCACAUCAUACCUCCCGGUGUUCCAAACAAAAACCAGCAGCUCUCGCCCUACUCCAGGUAUUGGUCCAACAGGUGGUCCUGCAGGACAAAUGGGAACAUCUCAGGUUGUGCCACCAGGAGUGCCUCCAGGUGUACCACCAGUAGUUCCUCCUGGAGCACCUCCUUCAGGGCAUCCUGGUGCUCCACCAUGAGUGCCUCCUCUUUAUUUCCGCCCUCCACCACCCAUCGCGCAAGGGGGGGGGGGGGAUUCCCCACCUCCACCGGGAGUUCGUCUCCCACCGGGUCCUCCACCUCAGGGAAUGCCUCCCAGACUGCCAAAUAUGCGAAUGCCACCGCCAAUGCCUCCACGCCUUCCUAUGCGACCACCAGGUGUACCCCCAGUUAUGCCUCCACCAGGGAUGCCGCCACGAGGGUUACCUCCUGCACACAAUCCCAAUGUCUUAUCUGCAGGACCUCAGCUUAUUGCUCGGCCCAGAGAGGAUGACAAGAAACACUCCGCAACUAUUGAAGCAAAGCCGCAGAUCAGGAACCUGAGUGCAGAUGUCACCCGUUUCUUGCCAACAGCCCUCAGAGUCAAGAGAGAAGACAAAAAGAAAAUGGGAAAAACACAGACAGAUGUCAAAGAAGUUGGAGGAGGGAAAGCAGAGGAAACCGACCGGAAACCAACCAAAGACGAUGCUUAUUCUCAAUUCAUGCGAGAAAUGGAGGACCUUUUGUAGACCACAUUUUGUCCCUUGUACAGAAGCCCUUUUCUCUCUCUUUUUCAGCUUUAUUGUACAUUUGAUCUCCAUGUUCUCUAAUGUUUAUUAAAUCAGUAAUAUUUACAGAAAUAUUUACAUGAAAAGUGGUCAUUUUUCAAAUUUAAUUUCCUUAUUUUGACUGAUAGUUUUGUUCAGUACAAAUAUAGCAGUUAUAAUGAUUAUCUCUGCAUCUAUUGUAAUAUAUAUUCUUAGGGAUGUGUUUCAGUUUGUAAGGUUAUUUGUUUAACCAUUUGCUUUAUUUAAGGAUAAAACAAUGAAAAUAAUACCACUGAGAACAGUUGUUGAUAGUUCAGAAAAUCUAACCAUUAAAUGAUGGUUUGUAAAAAGACUUGCUGUUGCAAAAUGUUAAGUUGUCAAGGUCAUAGAUCACUUUUGACAGUAAGGAAAAUAAGACAGU